UCAAUAACUAAACUGUGAACUCACAUGCCAACGGCAAAACCCCCUCUCUUCUCCCUCCCCGCCAUGCCCUCUCCCUCCAAGUCUCCUCGCCAUCUCUACCCCUUCAUAUCUCGCCAAAAUCCCAUUCUCUUUCUCCUCGAAGCUUCCUCGUGCAACACCUUUGCUAAGAUCAAGCAAGCCCACGCUCUCUUACUCACCUCCGGCCUCUUCCUCCACCCUUUCCCUCCAAGCAAACUGCUUCAAGUCCAACUUUCCCUACCAUCGACCCCUCCCCUUCUCUCCUAUGCUGACCUCCUCUUUCACCACUCUCCUUCACCUCCUCUCUUUUCCUACAACUCUCUCAUCAAAGCCCAUUCCAACUCUGUCUCCCUCCGCCUCUUCCGUUCUCUGCUUCGUGACUCAUCUGCUCCUCUGCCUAACCAGUAUACGAUCACCUUUGUGCUUGCUGCCUGCCGGCAUGGUAGUGGGUUGGAGCUCGGUGAAGCGGAACAGGUCAGGGGACAUGCUGUUCGGCGUGGGUUCGAAACCAAUUUGUUUGUUUCGAAUGUUUUGAUUAAAAUGUAUGGGAGUUGGGGAUUGGCGGGUGAUGCGGAGAAAAUUUUCAAUGAAUGUUCUCAGAGGGAUUUAUUCUCGUGGAAUCUGAUGGUUGGAGUCUAUGUAGGGAGCGGGGAUGCGGAGGGUGCAAGGAAGGUGUUUGAUGAAAUGCCUGAAAGAGAUGUGGUUUCUUGGAGCACGAUGAUUGCGGGAUAUGUGCAGACAGGCUGGUUCUUGGAAGCCAUGCAGCUUUUCCAGCAGAUGCAGCUCGCUGGCAUUGCACCAAAUGAAUUCACCCUGUCAACCAUUCUUGCAACCUGUGCUAAUUUAGUGGCUUUGGAUCAAGGAAGAUGGAUUCAUGCUUUCAUAAACAAGGCAAGGAUCAAAGUGAAUGACAGGUUGCUUGCAAGUCUAAUAGACAUGUAUGCAAAGUGCGGCGAAAUAGACUUUGCAUUCGACCUGUUUAACAAAGCAGAUAGCCCAAAGCAGAUUGUACGUCCAUGGAACGCCAUACUCACCGGUCUUGCCAUUCAUGGUUACUCUGCCGAAGCAACACAACUCUUCGAAAAAAUGGAUCAAUUUAAAGUCUUUCCUGACAAAGUAACAUUUGUAUCUCUGCUAACUGCUUGCAGUCAUGGAAGAUUUGUGGAAAAGGGUAAAUUCUACUUCGAUAUGAUGAAGAGCGCGUAUUCGAUUGAGCCUGAGCUUGAGCAUUAUGGCUGCAUGGUGGAUCUUCUCGGACGAGCUGGGCUUCUGCAAGAUGCGGAGGAUAUCAUAUCAAACAUGUCCAUGGCUCCAGAUGCUGCAACUUGGGGUUCAUUACUUGGCGCCUGCCGCAUCCACAAGGACCUGGAGAGGGCACAAAGGAUCGGAAAACUCGUCGAGGAGUUCGAGUCCAAACAUGUUGGUUGCCAUGUCUUACUAGCGAACAUUUACUCGGGAUGUGGUAGAUGGAAUGAUUCAAAUGAGGUGAGGAAGAAAAUUGAGGUUGCAGGUGAGAGGAAGAUUCCGGGCUGCAGCUCCAUUGAAGUGGAUGGGAUGUUCCACCAGUUUCUGGUUGGAGACAGGUCUCACCCACAAACAAAGUCGAUCUACUCAUUUUUGGAUGAGAUGGGAAGCAAAUUAAAGGAAGCUGGUUAUGUUCCAGAAGUAGGAGAAGUGUUGGUCGAUGUUGAUGUGGAAGAUAAGGAGACAGCUUUAUCAAGACACAGUGAGAAAUUAGCCAUUGCUUUUGGAUUGAUGAAUACAAGAGCAGGGAGGACUAUUCGGAUUGUAAAGAACUUGCGCGUCUGCUUGGACUGCCACAAGGCCACAAAGUUCAUAUCCAUGGUGUAUGAGCGGGAAAUAAUUGUUAGGGACAGGAUUAGGUUCCACCGUUUCAAAGAUGGAUCUUGUUCUUGUGGAGAUUAUUGGUGAUCACUAUGGAUCUUGUUCUAUAGGACCAGAGAGAGCCUGCGGCUUUUUUUCUAC